CGUGGGCUUAGGUCGUUGGCUGUGGCUAGCUAUACAGGAAGUGCCAGAGAAAACAAAAGACAGUGUGGGAACCCCUUGGCAAUUUGUUGGAUUGUUGCCCCUCUUUGAUCCUCCUCGUCAUGAUAGCGCUGAAACCAUUCGCAGGGCCUUGAAUCUUGGCGUUAAUGUUAAAAUGAUCACUGGUGAUCAACUUGCAAUCGACAAGGAGACCGGUUGUAAACUUGGAAUGCAUGGGAACAAACAUGUACCCAUCUGCUUCUUUACUUGGCCAACAUAAUUAAGAUGCAUCUAUUACUGCUCUUCCGGUGGAGGAACUUAUUGAAAAAGUUGAUGGUUUUGCUGAAGUGUUUGCAGAACACAAAUAUGAAAUCGUGAAGAAAUUGCAAGAGAGGAAGCACGUUGUUGGAAUGACAAGAGAUGGUGUAAAUGAUGCUCCGACUUUAAAGAAGGUUGAUAUUGGAAUCACAUGCGGUUGCUGAUUCUAUUGAUGCUGCAAGAGGCACAUCUGAUAUUGAGCUUAUGAUCCAGGGCUAAGUGUUAUUAACAUUGUUGUCUUAACUAGUAGAGCCAUUUUCUAGAGGAUGAAGAACUACACACUAUCUAUGCAGUUUCCAUCACAAUACGUAUUGUGUUCGGUUUCAUGUUUAUUGCUUUGAUAUGGAAGUAUGACUUCUCUGCUUUUAUGGUUCUUAUCAUAGCCAUUCUAAACGAUGGAACCAUCAUGACAAUCUCAAAGGAUAGAGUAAAACCAUCACCAUUACCAGAUAGUUGGAAAUUGAAGGAGAUUUUUUCCACUAGUGUUGUUCUUGGAAGUUAUUUGGCAUUGAUGACAGCGGUCUUCUUCUGGAUUAUGCAUGACACCGACUUUUUCUCUGAUAAAUUUGGAGUGAGGUCGCUGAGGAAUAGCGAUGAGGAAAUGAUGGCAGCACUAUACCUACAAGUCAGUAUAGUGAGCCAAGCUCUCAUCUUUGUCACCAGAUCCCAAAGCCGGUCUUUUAUUGAACGCCCAUGACUUCUGUUACUU